AUGAUAAGAGGCAAAGGUCCAACUUUCCAGAUAUCUGAAAAUGAGGGCAAGUCGAACCUAUGGCUGUUACAAGAGGCAAGCACCAUUCGGUUCUCAGAAAUGAUCAGAUUGAUUAUUCGAAGUAAAAUAGCAAAGUCCGAGAAUGUUAUAAAUGGUGAUACUGGAUCAUUCGCUGUUGAAGAAAAAUGGGAGAUUGAAACCGCUUUAGGUGGCAGAAUCUAA